AUGUUCUGUUUCCUCCUGAUCCUGCUGCUGGACUUAGCGCUGGUACCGUUCGUGGCGACGUUCCUUUUGGCUGCAGUUUCCACCUGCUUGGUAGAUCGGGGUGUGGUGAACAGCUUGCUCGAGGAGUUUCCCAAUCACGACGCUCCGGUUCAGGCGCAGCCUGCGGCCGCGGCCAAGAUCACCAUUAACUCGGAGCCCUCGGUGGUUGAGGAGCCACACCCAUCGCUGCUGAGAAGUCCAAGCAAAGAUAGCAAAGAGCAAAACAAGGUCCAUGGUGGGGGCCAAGUCCUAUCGGUGUUGCCAGGCAUGAACGAGGAGGCAUGA